AUGGAGCGAAUUAUCAAACGCGAACUGAUGCGGUUUUUAGAGCAAAAUCAUCUUCUGUGCGAUGCACAGCAUGGUUUCCGCAGAGGGAGGUCCUGCUUGACCAAUCUACUCUACUGUCUUGAACAGUGGACCCGAGCGAUUGAUGAAGGAAACGUUGUGCUUGUGGACUACAUAGACUUCAAGAAGGCCUUUGACAGCGUGCCACACCAACGUCUGCUAUACAAGCUCAGCCGCAUAGGGGUGAGAGGCAAGCUUUUGAAGUGGAUUGAAAACUUUUUGGUCGGUCGAUCCCAGAUUGUUCGUCUUGGUGGCCAGCAAUCGGCAGAGGUGACGGUUACGAUCGGAGUACCUCAGGGCUCCGUUCUUGGCCCUAUCCUCUUCCUCAUCUAUAUUGAUGACUGUAUCCAUGGAUUGGACUGCGAAAUUGCCAUGUUUGCUGACGAUAUAAAGCUUUGGAUCGUCAUCCGCAACGAGGACGAUGAAGCACAUUUACAGGCAAACUUAGACCAACUCGAAAAGUGGUCAGGCCACUGGCUCCUCCCAUUUAAUGUUACCAAAUGCAACAUUCUGAGGAUUGGCAGAACCAUCUCUGAGCACCGGCAGACGUACUAUCUAAAUCACAUACCGCUGCCACUGGUAGAGGUUCAGAAAGACCUAGGAGUGUGGAUAACAUCUUCACUAAAGCCAUCAUUCCACUGCUUGAAUGCAGAGAAAUCCGCAAUGGCCAGCUUUUAUCUCAUGAAGCGGGCAUUUGCCAAGUUCGACGAAGAGUGCUUUCGCAAGGUCUUCGGGAUGUUUGUGCGCCCACAGUUAGAAUUUGCCAUUCAGGCCUGGAGACCCUGGACUGUUAAGGAUCGUACCACCCUCGAAAAAGUCCAACGACGGGCAACCAAGCAUGUCAGAGGUCAUCAAAAACCUACCAUACGAACCUAG